AUGGGAUACUGCUACGGCAACGUGAAGAUACACAAGCCUGGAAACAAACUAAGGCCCAUCAUAUCGCAAAUCCCCACGCCAACCUACACCAUCGCGAAGAGGCUGUGUGCUACGCUGACACCUUAUGUACCAUCCACCUACAGCCUGACCUCAGCAGCUGACUUCCUUGACAUCCUCAAGUCAAACAACACGAAGGGAAACAUCGCUUCUCUGGAUGUGGAAUCAUUAUUUACGAACGUCCCUAUCGACCGAACCAUCGAAUACAUCUUGCAACGAGUUUAUCAUAAUGACGACACCCCGAGCCUAGACAUCCCUGAGCCAACGCUACGCAGCCUUCUUGAGUGCUGCACAAAAGAGGCACCAUUCACCUGCCCUAGAGGUAACAAGUAUCAACAAGUGGAUGGAGUCGCCAUGGGCUCCCCGCUGGGAGUCCUGAUGGCGAACUUCUUCAUGGGCUGCAUAGAGGAAGAAGCCUUUAAGACCACCAAGAGACCUGAUAUAUACUGCCGCUACAUCGACGACAUUUUCAUCAAAACCACAAGCACCGAGGACGCCGAACAUCUCAGAAGACUCCUUCAAGAAUUAUCCGGAUUAAACUUCACCAUCGAGCAUAGCACCAACGGAUCCAUGCCUUUCCUGGAUAUCCUCGUCAAGCAAGAUCAAGACGCCUUCAACACUGCUGUCUACGUGAAGGCUACUAACCCAGGUCACUGUCUCAAUGGAAGGAGCGAGUGCCCCAAACGCUACAAAGACUCCACCAUAGGGGCCUACAUCCGGAGAGCACUCACCCACUGUAGUAACUGGCAGCAAGUCCACCAUGAAAUAGAUCGGUCUACCCAGGUACUACUCAACAACGGUUUUGACAAAGCAGACAUCUACAGGCAAACCAGGAAAAUAAUGGAUCAUUGGCACGCUGCAACCAGCAACACAACCGAGGAGAAAAAUAACAUCAAUAUUUAUUACAAAUCACACUUCUCUACUGCGUAUAAAGAAGAUGAAAGAAUAAUGAAACAAAUCAUAAGAAGAAACGUCACACCAACAGAUCCCGAGAAGAAACUGAACAUCGUCAUAUACUACAAGAGCAAGAAAACAAGCCACCUAAUUAUGAGAAACAGCCCCCAAGAAGAAAAGACGCCUACACAGGAGUCGCAUGUCGUUUAUAGGUUUAUUUGUAAACGAGGGAUCUGCGAAGCCCUCCCCUCAACCUACAUCGGCAUGACAACGAUGAAGCUGAGCAGGCGAAUGAGCUACCACCUGACAUCCGGAGCCCCGCGCCAACACCUACUACAGAAGCACAAUACAGUGCUAACAAGGAAAAUUUUAGAAGAAAACACAGACAUAAUCGCAAGAUGCCCCGACGAACGACGCCUCCCGAUUCUAGAAGCCCUCAACAUAAAAGAAAUGGAGCCCAACUUAAACAAGCAGGCCCUAGAUCUACAGGCUCUCCCGAGUAUGCGCAGGAGUGCUGCGCACCAGCCUAACCAAUCAGCAGCCGGUGCGCAACACGGGGAGGGAGACGACACGCCUUAA